AUGGACGAGUCGGACCCAAUCGUUCCGCACCCUGCCGCCGACCGCGGCGACGACAGCAGCAGCGGCGGGGAUGGCGGCGACGACGGCGUUUAUCAUGCCUCUCCCGAGGGCCGCCAACGGCCACGUGGCUGCAGCGCGGAGAGCCUCCUUCUUCUCUUCUGCGCCAUCAACAUGGUGAAUUACAUCGACCGGGGGGGCAUCGCCAGCAACGGAAUCAACGGCUCCCCUUCGCACUGCCAGGAGGACAUCUGUGACUCUGGCAGCGGCAUUCAGGGUGAUUUCGCUCUCACCAACUUCCAGGACGGUCUACUCGCCACGGCCUUCCUAGUGGGACUCCUCACCGCCUCGCCUCUCUUCGCACAUGCAUCCAAGCGCCACAACCCCUUCCGCCUAAUCGCUCUCGGCCUGCUCGUCUGGACGCUCGCAGUGGCUGGCUGUGGCCUCUCCCCCGGCCUGCUCUCCCUGCUUCUCUGCCGGAUGCUCGUAGGUGUAGGAGAGGCGUCCUUCAUCAGUCUAGCAGCGCCCUUCAUAGACGACAACGCCCCACCGGCCAAGACAGCCCAAUGGCUCGCCACAUUCUACCUCUGCAUUCCGGUCGGCUUUGCCCUCGGCUACCUUUAUGGAGGGGUGGCUGGCCCGCUGCUGGGCUGGAGGGGAGCGUUUCUGCUGGAAGCUCUGUUCAUGCUGCCGUUUGUGCUCUACACUGCCACUGCUGCCCCUCCGCCCCUCAAAGGCAGGACACACGCCCAUGGUAUUGCUACCGCUGCUUCUGACGAGGAGAGGGCGGAGGGUGCGCCAUCUCUGGCAGCGCCGUCACAUGUUGAGGCGACUCCAAAUUUGAAGCAUGGCGAUAGGUCUCUGCUGGAUGACUCGCUUUCUCUCGCUGGCAAUGAAGUUUUCACCAUCAAUGUUCUCGGCUAUGCGGCCUACACCUUUGUGAUUGGUGCCUACGCUUAUUGGGCACCCAAGGCAAUGAGGGAAAUCUUCAAUGAGGAGAGGGCGGAUGCGCUGUUUGGAGGCAUCACGGUGGUCACUGGCGUGGGCGGCACGCUGUCUGGAGGUCUCAUGUUGGACCGCAUGGGUGCAACCAUUCCCAACGCACUGCUGCUGCAAUCCCAGGUGACAGUGGUGGGAGCUAUUUUCUGCCUCCUUGCCUUCGCCUCGCCACACAUCACUCUCUUUGUCGUCUUCAUGGCUGUCGGGGAGUUCUUCAUCUUCGCCAUCCAGGGUCCAGCCAACAUAGUGUCACUGCAGUGUGUGCCAUCCAACCUAAGAGCCCUUGCAAUAGCCGCUGCAACCGUCGUUGCUCACCUGCUAGGGGACGUACCCUCGCCGCCCAUCCUCGGCCUCCUCCAGGACAUGGUGGGCAACUGGCGCAUCAGCAUGGGGAUAUUCACUGCCGUGCUGCUGCCUGCCGCUGCCUUAUGGGCUCACG